UUCGCCUUAGUCAGCUGUUGUCUGCAUAUUGUAUUUUUCUUAAAUUUAUAGAAAGAAUUUUAUUGAUAAGAGAAGAAUGUUUAGUAAAGUAACAAUUUAAUUAUUAAAAACAAACGAAAAAAUGCAACCCAACAAUAAACAAUAUUAUGAGGGAUGUGGCAAAGAAGGACAAAUACGUUGUAUAUUUUUAAGUGAAUUUCAUGCCACAGCCGGCUCCAAAAUAAGUUGUCAGGUUCCUCCUGACUAUGUGCCUAAAGAUAUAUUUGAUGCCAUUAAUGUUUAUAUUAUACCCAAGCCGCAUUUGCAAAGAUGUAUCCUAACCGUUAAUGCCAUGGAUAUGAAAAUUGUCGGCUACCCAGUGGGUAUAGAAGAUCAACAGAAAUAUGCCCGUAAUGCUUUUUUAUUCAAUUUAUGUUUUGUUUGUGAUUCGUGGGCACGUUCGGUGCAGUAUGAGCCGGUGGUUAAAAAGUUAUCGGAAUAUUUGAUUAUGAUGGAAGAGGAAAGUUGUUUUCUAUCUAAAGAGGAUGAUAAUAAACUUAAAUUGAAAAAGAUUUUUGAAACUGUGAUAAAUGAUUUAAAUGAAAAGAAAGUCACCACAAUUGUGGAGGGUGAUACUACUAUUUAUUUGAAAAUUGUUACUCAUAAACCUGAUCCUCCGGUAGUGAAAGAUCAUAUGGUGCCUUUACUUUUAGUAGACUAUAAAAACACACCUUUGGAAAAUUGGGACUUAACCACACAACAAAUUCUUCCUUAUAUAAAUGGCAUUAAUCAUAUAGCUCGCAUUGCUGCCGAGGCAGAUGUUGAAACAAAUUUAGUAAAAUCAUGUGUCCAGAAUUUAGUAUACUAUGGUGUUGUACAACUUUUACCCAUACUUAAGUAUAGCAAUGUAUAUAUGACACAAAAUCUUAAAAGUCUUAUACAAAGUACUUCCCUAACAAAUGCCUGCCGUAAAUAUGUUGCUUUAAAUCCUGAUAAGGCAAAACCUACCAUACAGAAAAUAUUUCAAUUUUAUGCUUCUAUGACACAUGGUGUCACCUUGAGAGCAAUAUGUCAAAGACUUUCACCACAAAAUCAUAAUAUUGAUGAAAGAAAAUUAGUGAUUUUUGGCUUGCAACAUAAGUUUAUACGUUGUAUACAUAAGUAUCCAGUUUUUACGGGAUCCGUUCCAUCGGGUAAACAGAAAAUGUACACUGGACUUUCUAAUUUCGAUGAAAUAUGUUGUAAAACAGGUUUAUCACCAUCGUGUAUUGAGAAGGAUAUUGAUAAGGAUACAAAUGUUACAGUUAUAUGGAAAUAAUAUGUUGGCCAUGGAGGAAGAUCAAACAACUUUACGGCCGGUACCAGCACCACGACGUCUCUAUCCUGAACUACGUAAAUCUGAAUAUGAAAAUGUUAAAGUCGAAUUAAUUAAUAAGAAUCUAAAUAUCAAUUCCGAAAAUAUACAAAAU